CAGCGUUUGUCUGAACUAUUUUGCCGGCUGAAUUGAGGGCUUCAUUCACGACAGCUUUUGGAUAUUUUAGGCUGUGCACCUUCAGUCUAUCCAGGUGAUCUUAAUAUCCACCACAACAGAACUACCAAAGACCUUCCCUUGAGGUUUGAUGAGACAGUAUUUGAUAUAAGACCAGCACCAAGGCAGCAAUGGCUGAAACCAACAUUCAGGAAAAGUUCAAGGAAAAGAUCACUGCUGUUCGAACUGUGGUUCCAAACAGAAGUAACAAUGAAAUUGUCCUGGUGCUUCAACACUUUGACAACAAUGUGGACAAGGCAGUGCAGGCCUUUGUGGAUGGUAGUGCAGUGGAGAUUUUGAAAGAAUGGAACGUGCCAGGUAAAAAAAAGCACAAUAAGAAAAGGAAAAGGAAACCGAAACAGGCAAAUGGACAAGUGAAAGAUGAGAAGGGGAGGCCCCAAAGACUGCGAGAGAAGGCAGAUCUGCCCCUACCAAAAGGCGGACUGAAUGGGUACCAUGCCAACAGCUCUGCAAACGAUGAUUCCUCAGUGGACUCUCUCAGUGAGAAGACGGAAACUCUUUCCAGUGAUGAGAAAGCAGCAACAGGCCCAGAGUUACAUCAGUUGAUGGCCACAGAGAAAACAGUCGGUCUCACUCAGGAAAAUGAGAAAAUGCGGUCGGAGCCAAUACCUCAGCCAGUUCAGGAUGCUCAAAAAUGUCAGACCAACAGACCCACAACAAACAAGACAAAACCAAAAGCAUUGCCUGGUUCCCAUCCAACUGCUCCUGUCUCUUCAUCAGUUCCAGGCGAUCUGGCAUCAAGCAAGAAAAGAGCAGGUACAAGCAUUGAAAAAUCCGUGAAAGACUUGCAACGAUGCACUGUGUCAUUGGCCAGAUACCAAAUCCUGAUCAAAGAGGAAAUGGACGCUUCUGUGAAGAAGAUCAAAGCUACUUUUGCAGAGUUGCAGGCCUGCAUCAUGGAUCGGGAAGUCGCAUUGAUGACAGAAAUGGAUAAAGUCAAAAAGGAAGCUAUGGAGAUCCUAGAAGCAAGACAGAGGAGGGCUGAGGAACUAAAGAGAUUGACAGAUGUGGCCAUCCAGAUGUCUGAAUCCCAGCUCGCUGAACUCAGAGCUGAGAUUAAGCAAUUUGUAAGUGAACGCAAGUAUGAUGAGGAUCUGGGCAAGUCAGCACGGUUCACUGGUAACAUCAGUAGCCUGCAGUCCCAAAUCCAACUGUUUGGAGAAGUUUCACAUCCAAAGAAUAACUACUCCACAAGAUCACAGUGCAUCUCCUCAUUGAUUCCAUUGCAUCCAAGUCCUCGAGGUGAUUCCAGUAAUGUUCCUUCACUGUCAAGCUCACUCAGUGCAUUAACAUCUGCUAGUCAUAAAGUAAUGAAUUCCAAGGACAGUUCAAACGUACAGAAGGUGCCUGCAGAUAGACAGAAUAAUCAACGUAAUGGCCCAGCUAGUCAAAGACGAGGCUUCUACCCUCGAGCACAAGGUCAAAGGCUCAGUGGAAGCAGUUUUCCUGGAAGACCUGAUGAUGGUAGGAAUCGGAACAGAAAGGGGCCUCCACAGGAGGGUUAUAAAAGCCAGCAUCAGAACAGCAAGUCUGGACAUCAGGGACCACCUCACGAUACAGGCAAGCUGCUAACCUCAGAUUCCAAUGGUACUGUUCCACCGACUAAAAUCAACUCGCAAUCAAGACCCCCUGAACUAAGUACCACUGUGUCUGCAGUCCUUAGCAACAGAGUUUCUCAGUACAGGCCAUGCCCUAUAAAACAAGAGACAUCUGUUGAUACUAAAGUGUUGUCCAUACCUAAUAGAAUGACUGUGGUAGCCUAAUUUAAUUGAAUUCCAUUCUUUCUAGGAGAAAGUUCUUUUGUGACUUACCUUCAUACAAUUCCAGUCAAGUUAAAUUGAAAAAAUGAUUGUUUUUAAUUUUAUAUUUUCUUGUCUCAGAUAAAGGAACUUGUGAAAGUAAGCACUUUUUGCUGAAAUUGGUCAUAUUUUGCAUUUGUAAAGCAAACUGUUUUUAAAGUUGCUGGAAAUCACUAUGUUAAAGCAAUGAAGGUAAACUGCAACUGUUUUGCUGGUAGGAGUAAUGAUCAUACAAGAGGCUUUCAUUUGGGCUGAGUAAUGACGGGGUUAGGGAGUGGAGCAAAGUGUGUUGUGGUGAAGUAGAGCUAAAGAGCUGUAUAUCAAUAAAUAAAGUCAUAAAACUUCAGCGAUUUAAUGUCCAGCCUGUUCCUAAGGAAUAUGUUAUCU